CCCCAUCGCCAGCGACGCGCUUGCUCAUCUUUUCUCUAUCCACCAUGGCCUCCCUCGCCCGGUUACGCGCUAGCCUUCCUCGCACUCGCAAAACUCCUCUAGUCCGCGCGCUCCAGACGGCAGCGGACACGACGCAGUUGAAGGAGGAGGCGUCGCACUCCGAGCCCUUCAUGGUCACGCUUCACGAGGAGUCCUUCCAUGGGUUCAAGACCGACCCCCCGACGCGUGAUCUCGAGGUGACCAAGGAUGGCCUCCUCAAAAUGUACAAGCUCAUGAGCACCAUGCGCCGUAUGGAGCAAGCCGCGGACGCCCUCUACAAGCAGAAGCUCAUCCGCGGUUUCUGUCAUCUCGCAAUCGGACAGGAAGCUGUCUCGGUCGGCAUGACGCACGUGCUGACGCCCCAGGACAACAUCAUCUCGGCCUAUCGCACACAUCCGUUCGCCGUCUUGCGCGGUGGGAGCGUCUUUGCGCUCAUCAGCGAGCUUCUCGGCCGCAAAACCGGUAUCUCGAAGGGCAAGGGUGGCUCCAUGCACGUCUUUACGGAGUCCUUCCAGGGCGGGCACGGUAUCGUUGGCGCGCAAGUCCCGCUUGGUGCUGGCCUCGCAUUCGCAGCGAAGUACCUGGAAAAGCCAAUCGCGACGUACACGAUGUAUGGCGAUGGCGCGAGUAACCAGGGACAGGUGUUCGAGGCUUUCAACAUGGCCAAGCUAUGGAACCUGCCAUGCGUGUUCGUCUGCGAGAACAACAAGUACGGGAUGGGUACCUCGGCGGAGCGGAGCUCGUCCAACACUCAGUAUUAUACUCGUGGUGACCAGAUCCCAGGCAUUCAGGCGAAUGGUAUGGACGUCCUCGCGGUCGUGAAGGCUGUGGAGCACACCAAGCAGUGGGUUCUGGAUGGAAAGGGCCCUAUAAUACUUGAAUUCGUCACGUAUCGCUACGGCGGUCACUCGAUGUCCGACCCUGGAACGAGUUAUCGUACGCGUGAGGAAAUCCAGCGCGUACGCAGUACAAACGACCCUAUCCGUGGCCUGCAGAGCUAUCUGGCGGACUGGGGUCUGGCGACUGAGGAGGGUCUGAAGAAACUCGACAAGGACGCGAAAGCAGAGGUUGAUGCUGCUGUUGAGGAAGCCAAGAAGGCGCCCUUCCCUCCCGAUUCGGACCUCUGGGCUUCUGUCUAUGCCGAGGGCCAUGAGCCGCCUUUCCUGCGUGGUCGGGAGCGUGAGGAGGGGCACCGGUUCUGAGCUCCCGUUGAUGCGUAAGAGUUUGAGCGUGAUUCGAUUCUUAUAGUGUUUUGACGGAUGGCCGUACAGUACAGUAUUAGAUGGCCUGUGCUAGUGUAGCGUGACAUUACUUCACCGUCCGCGACGCGAAGCCGUGGAUGAUUUUUCGUGGGCGACAUGACGCGUAUGAAGCAGACUGCUUGUUAAAAGUCCGAUCUGACU